AUGCCAAAUCUGGAAAACGGUGAUAUCAAAAAGAUGCAAAAAGAAAUGUCAAAAUUAAGCGUGGAUAGUAAUAUGGAAUGCCUGGUAAAUCCAGGUAUUCGAAGACGCUCCAGGGCUGUGGAGACCAGUGAACGGAGAGUGCUUGUCAUUUAUACUGGUGGGACCAUCGGUAUGGUGAAAACGGAGGACGGGUUGUCACCAGGAAAGAAUAUGUUCAAGCAGGCGAUCCAAAAAUAUCCACAGCUACAUGAUAUCGCCUACUAUGAUCGUAUGGUGCGGGCAAAUGGUUCUGACCAUACUCUAAAGUCCUUUUUUGUUUUACCGAAGAGUGAUGACACGACCUUCAGAAUCUUGUACGAUAUCAAAGAAUAUGAUCCUCUGCUGGACUCCUCAGAUAUGUCUGAAGCUGAUUGGAUCAAAAUUGCUAAAGACGUGAAAAAAUACUAUAACCAGUAUGACGGAUUCGUGAUUCUCCACGGCACCGACACUCUCUGCUACACUGCUUCCGCUCUUUCCUUCAUGUUCGAGAAUAUUGGUAAAGCCGUCGUUCUCACUGGUUCACAGAUCCCAAUUUUUGAGCCAAGGAGUGAUGGAGUUGAUAAUUUUGUAGCAUCGCUAAUAAUAGCUGGUGGUUUUAACAUUCCUGAAGUAACAAUAUUCUUCUACGGCAAGCUGUUUCGUGGUAACCGAACUCGGAAGAUUUCGGUUAACAAUUUCUUUGCCUUCAACUCUCCCAACGCUGAGCCGAUCGUCAAAAUGGGUAUUGAGAUGGAAAUAAAUAAGACCGCCAUUUUUAAGCCCAGCGUUAUCGACAAGUUUCAUCUUCAUCCCCAUAUGUCCAAGAAUGUGGGCUUGCUGAGAAUAUUCCCUAGUAUGGGAAUGGAAGCCGUGAGGUCAGCAUGUCAGCACCCAAUUCAAGGUUUGGUAAUUGAAGCAUAUGGCGCGGGCAACAUUCCUGCCUCUCGCCACGACAUUGUGGAGGAAAUUUCAAAGGCAGUGAAACGUGGAGUGAUUAUAGUGAACAUAACUCAGUGUACUACUGGAGCUGUUGCACCGGUAUACGCCACUGGUCAAGCUAUCGCAAAAGCUGGUGUAGUAUCCGGUUACGAUAUGACUCCUGAAGCGGCUCUCACGAAGUUAUCGUAUGUUCUGUCCAAAACUGAUCUCACAUACGAUCAGAAAAUUGAGAUGAUGGGCCAGAAUAUCAGGGGAGAACUGACGAAUAUGACAUCUAUGUUGUUCCAGGACCAAACAUUGAAAGACGCUCUGGCAGCCAGCCUCAACAUUCAGUCACCCAAGAAGCUGGACGAAGUUACCGACAAUGUUUUCUCAUCACUACUGCUUUAUGGCAUCAAAUGUGGCGACAUAGACGUUGUAAAAAAGCUAUUAGAUAUGGGUGCAGAUGUGAACGCAGUUGACACAGAAGGCAAGACUCCUCUCCACGAAGCCAUUUUGCACGGAAACGCCAGUAUUGUCGAGUUUUUGCUCAAGAAUGGCGCCAACGUGCAUUACAAGACUAAACAUGGCGAGUGUCCGCUCAUCACAGCCGUGUUAAGAGAUGACGUUAAGAUUAUUGAAGUUCUGCUCAAGUGCGGCGCUCAUCUGACAAAUGCCGACAAUCCUUCCGUGACUGAUAUAGUGAACGUGGCUAUCAGAUCGGGCUGCUUAAGGAAGUUGGAGUCGCUGAAAAUGGCCGGCGCCAGUUUCGACCUACGAGAUGAACUUUAUCAAACACCACUGCAUAAGGCUGUGAUAUGCAAUUGCCAAGGUGCGGCUGAAUACUUGAUACAGCAAGGAGCUAGCGUAAACUCCAAGGACAUCCUCGGGCACACUCCAUUUGACUACGCCAAGAGACUCAACAGAGAUAGUAUUAGUUCGAUAAUGGAUUUCUCGGGCCCGACUAGCAAUGGAACUGGAUAA